CAUCGCAACCAUUCUCAGUCUCACUCCUCACUCCUCAGUUAGGUUGAGACCGUCUUUGUGAAACCACAUAUACGCACUUGUAUUAAUCGUGAUCAAAGUACGCAUACUUCACAGAUAUGCUGGAGUUUUUUAUAAAUAAAUAAUAGUGUAAACUUACAUUUAAUCCUACUCAAUAUAAUAUUGGUGAACUGUGUUAAUUAUUUACGUGAAAAAACAGUGAGUGAAGUAUUCACCUGUGUUAUACCCAGUGUCCAGGGGCAGACCUAUCCUAAAACCAGUUCUACAGGAUCCAUAAUGCGUCUGCUGUGUGCACUGCAGACAGAUAAAUCUGCUAAUAAGAUGACUAUAAAUCCGCAAUUUCUGUGACGUCACCAGCUGUUCUAGUGACGUCAGAUCUCCCGGAUGUCGGCAAGAUGUUCCAAAAGCACUCGAUUAUGUCGAUGAAGAAGAAGUCCAAGUCUCUGGGACAUCUUACAGCUCUUAAUUCACACCCUGGGUCUCCACAGAUAGAAACUAAGGCGAAGACCAAUGGACAUUUGAAUAUGAUUGCUAGAGAGCCCCCUGGUGGAGGAAGAUCAAGAAUGGACUCUGUUCAACCGACAGCUGCAAAGUACAUGAAAAGGUUUCUGUCGCCAGUCUCUCACGAGAGAGAGUACAUGAGGGCCCCAGAGUAUAUAUCAAGUCCUAUAGGAUCUAGUAAUAUAGAAAACAAUAAACUUGAUAAGCAGCUUCAGACCAGUAAAAAAACUACACCAAAGAAACUGAAGGGAGUAAUGAAGAAUAAAGGUGGGGGCGGAGGAGGUGGAGGAGGAGCAAUUCCUAAUCCAGUAGCGAUGGGACGAGCAUUAAUCGCGCGGAAUUUUACUCCGCAAAAGAGUAAUAGCUUCGGAAACAGAUCGAGCGAAGGAAUUUCCGAUAUUUUCGGCGGGAAAGAAAACGGAAUAAUUCCGUCGAAACAUCGGGUCUUCAUCAUGGACACUCAAGUCAAAUAUACAAUCGGCGUACAGAUGCAAGAGCGAAACCUGUUCCUGUUUAAUGAUCUGUUAUUAAUAGCAAAGGAAAGAUCGUCUUCACAUUUUAAACUUAAAGAUCAGGUACCUCUGUGCGAUGUCUGGAUGUCAACUUGUAUACCUGAUGUGUCCGAGGUCACUCUGGACUCGACUACCUCCUUCGUCGUCGGUUGGCCGAUAACCAAUGCAGUUUUAACCUUCAGUUCUCAGGCUGAGCGUGACCUAUGGUGGAGUAAGCUAGCCCAGUUGACAAGCCUAGAAAGGGAGCAUAGUCCUGCUGGGGCUAGCAUCAAUAUCACAUACUUCGAUAAUUCAACCAACUUUGAGCAUUUAAAAUCAAUCUACGUGGCAAUCACAGAUACAUCAAGAGACUGUAUAGAGAAGGCAUUAUCUAGUCUACCCCUCGCGGAUUCAAGGGAUACGGGUCAAACAGAGCAGUCGGGAGAGAACCGAAUGGAAAGCGGCGACCUAAACGGUAGUGCUCCACGGUCCAGAGAUCCGGCAGAAUACCAACUUUGGGUUAAAACUAAGUUGGAUGAAUCUCCCUAUCCGUUAAUAGGUCAUGAAAUUCCUCUUGUGAUAAAGCUGAACUGGAUGAGACAAUCGUUUAACAACAAAAAUCAGAAAACCUAUGAUGAAUAUAGACAGGGAUGUAGAUGUUCCUUUAUACUCAGAAGAGUUGGCCAGGUCUCUAAUUUCAACGAGGUUGGAUCUCAAAAGAAAAAAUUAAAAAAGGUGAAAAGUAGUAUUCGGCUCCAGAAUGUAUUUCGCCGUGUGAGCCAAGGGGCGAAGGGUAACGACUCUGUUGACGGCGGAGCCCCGGCGGAGGAGAAGAAGGUCGGGAAACUGUUUGGUCGGAGAUUGGAGGAUAUCUGCCGGGUAGAAGGAGAGGUCGUCAUUCUUCCGCCUCCAGUUCUCUGUAUGCUACGACAGCUGGAGAAGACAGGACCCUGUACAGUUGGAAUCUUCAGAAGAGGUCCUAAUGUCAGAACUAUGCGAGACCUGAGAGAUAAAUUAGACUGUGGUGACCACGUGGACUGGGAGGAAAUAUCUGUAUUCGUGACCGCGGCAUUGCUCAAGGAUUUCCUUCGUUCUUUGCCAGACUGUGUUUUACAAUGUGAGCAGUACACAGCUUGGAGUACUGCAUUUUCCUCAAAUAGUCUAGAUAGUAUUAAAAGGUAUUUAGCUGAUCUGCCAGCGGUCAACAGGUUCCUACUUCACAAUAUUCUUUUUAUCCUUCAUAGAACAGCAGAAAACAGCCAGGAGAAUAUGAUGACAUGUUCUAAUUUAUCUAUUUGUGUUGGACCCUCUUUGCUUUGGAGCACUGAUCCAUCCUAUAUGCUGCAACAAUCUUAUACAAAGGAGGUGUCAGGUCUGGUCCAAAUGCUGAUAGAGAACUUCAGUAGUUUGUUCUCCAGCUGUCCCACCCUGCUGGGGGAGGAACCAAUGGAUACUGCCCCGCCUCCUUCUCAUGUACAAGGACAAUCUCAUGUACAACCUACUGUACAGCAUCAUGAUAAACCAGAGCUUAAACAUAACAUAAAGCAGAAAGGCGGGAUGUUUGAUCACUCCAGUCUGGACAGCCUGCUGGACCCGCCCUACCCUGAGGACGACCUGGCAAGACAGAGUGGUACCGAGGGCGUGUCCCUCACCAACCUCAGCCAUGACUCCGGCCUCACAACCUCCGACAGCCAGCUUUACGCUUUCGAGGAGGCCGAGAAUAAUUCAUUUUCGUCCGACGAUUUCUGCAUUGAGACGAUCACUUCGAACGAGAACACGGUUCACGCCAUCGUGAACAAGAAGUUUUUAUCCAGGUACCAGAACUCAUACAUAGAGGGAGGAGAGUACCAGGAGCAAGAAAACCAUUCUCCGGCACGGAGGAAACUCAAUCAGAGAAAUCAAAAGCACCGAGAUCGGAUGCACAGAAGGAUUCACAGGAACUCCGAGUACUCUAAUAGUUUCAGUAUCAAGAGUGAACCAACAGAAUCUGCAGCUUAUAAUUACGAGGUUAGAACCAUGAGUGUCAACUAUCCUCUCCGACGAACCGCGAGCGAAGAGAGUGUUCAAAGAUCAUCGAAUUUUGAGAUUGUUCAAGUGAAUAACAAUAACCGGAGAAAGCGUCCUGUGAUGCACAGGAAGGGUAGAGCUCCGAACCCUCCCAAAGGAUCGAAAACCUCUCCAUCCAUCAUUCGUUCCAACUCAGUAAACCAGGUUCGACACUGGGAGCAGAACAACGACUGGUACAGGUCAAAGAGUACGACCAGACUCCACUCUGAGGACUCCGAAGACUCCUGUUCCACGCUCUCUGACGAGGACUCCACACCUCACGUCUCCCGGUCCAACUCCUACGGAAGGUCGGAGGAGAACAGCUUCGCCAACCCUGAUGAGUCGUUCAACAAGAACGAGGAGGAUACGACCUACGAUAUCUACCUUCACGAGGAGAGAAAUCUCAAUAUCUCAACCAACCUCCAGGAUGCAUUCCACAACAACGCCGCCAGGAAAACUAACCGAGAGUUUGAUAGUUUCAGUUGUGAGACACCUCCUGGAUACGAGGAAUCCAUUUAUAGACAACGUUUGCUCAAGCUCCAGGGCAGACCUAGCUCUCGUCCUAACUCCUACAUCUCCUCUUCUCCCUCCAAACUACCGGAGAAGGUUGUGGAGAAGCAGGUUGAACUAAGUGCAAAGGCUAAAGCUGUUUUCGAGGACAGUUUACGCCAGUAUGAAGUUACUAAAGAAGCCCCACCUCCCAUCCCACCAAAAACUGAUCGCCCUCCUCUUCCUCCUAAGCAGCGAUCUCGACGAUCUACAGAGCAUGAAAGCUCAGACGAUCAAACCUACGUGAAUAGUCUUGAGCUACGACAAAACAGAAACAAGACAAGAUUAAACAUUACGUCUCCUGUUUCCACUCCGGUUCAAUCCAACAGACAAUCCUCUUCGGAGGAACGUGAGAGCUCUGAAUUUGUUUACGGUUCAUAUUUCAGUGCUAGGGGUAGUACUAAAGUAAGUGUGCCUGUUAUACAUGAAAGUGAAUUCCCUCCGGCACUUCCACACAAGGAAGUUAAAACUCCGGAACGAAGUGAGUCCAAUAUGAAAAAGCGUCAAGUGACCUCGACAAAGAUUGUGUCAACGACGAAAAUGAUGAAAAGUGUUGAAACACAAACGGACGAGAGUGAUUUUGUUAUUUUGUACCCGGACGAGAGAGGGGACGACGAUAGCUUUAACCAUACUGACUCUGAGUAUAGUCCUGAGUCUAACCGCUCUAUAUCCCCUGAUUAUAUGGGUCCAGUACAGGACUAUAGGGAGACAUAUCUAAGAUCUCAGGACCAGUCGGAGUUUUAUCUCGACUCAAAUCCAAUCUUUGAACGACCGGUCUCGGCGCAAAGUGUAAAACUGCGCCAGGCCGGUCGCCGGAAGCUCGAGCCGGUCCAAUCCGUGCCGGUACGGAGUCCGGCCGAUCCAGUGAUUGCCGGAGAAAUAAACUGGAGUGUAUCCCAACUCCGAACCUUGUUUAACCAAGGACUCCAGGCUCAAUCUAGCCUAGACUCCAACCCUGAUCAAUACAGAUCUAACAGACAAUCCAUGAUUGAACCAAGACGGAUGAAUUAUCAUAAUAUUUCCGCCAAUUAUUCUAAUAUUUACGGAACGGAUAAUCAGUCGAAUCUCUACUCGACUGAUAAUCAGCACACGGAUUCAGAUCAAGAAUCCUAUGUGUAACUGAAAUAAUCAAAAUUUAAAUUGUGAUGUAAAGCAAAUACUUUAUCCUUGAAUGGCGCUGGUGCAAAAUCCGCGAAAUAUUUUUACAAAAUGCAAAUUCAGAUAUUUUCUAACCCAUGACCGUUGAGGGCUGUUUUUAGCCAUCUAUUUGUCUAAAUUAUUUUGAGUGAUAAAAAGCUAGUCAAUCCCAGUGCUCUACUUUAUAAUCAUGUUUUCCACUCCGCAGUGCUUUUUAAUUGUAGAAUAAGUGCUUUGUUUCUAAAAUAAGUAUUUCAAAUUUUUCAUGCAUUAAAUUUCCGGCAUUUAUCAAUUUACAAUUUCUAAAGAAUGUGAUGCAAAGUACAGUAAAUGAUAUGUUUUUGAUGCAUUUAAAAAAAUAUAUUUUACAGUUUAUUUUUUACUUGAUAUACUCCUGAUUCAGCUAUGAAAGUGUCUCAGCUUACACUCCUGUGAAAGAAAUGAUGAAUACUCAAAAUUAUUUGUUAUAAAUAUAUAUUAUUAAGAAUCA